GCCUCAGAGGUGGUGGCAGGCAGUUGGGUGCUGCAGACAGGAAGAGAGCCGAGAGAGGGGGCCCUGCCUUUCCCUUGUCGCUGGGUCUGUGGUGGGCACGGCGGCGGCAAGCAUGGCCCCAGAGUUCCCACUGCUCUUUGAGCUCCUUACACUGGCCUGCACCCUGCUCAGGGCCCUGGCCACCCAAGAGGUGCGGCAGUACCCCCCCUACGCGAUUGCCCCCGAGGGGGGCUCCGUCGACAUCACCUGCUCCACCAGCGGGUCCCUGUUUGGGGUCUACCUGAAGCAGAGGUGGCCGAGGCCUAGCAGUGUGAUUUACUACGAAGACGAGAAGGAGCCCACGGUGGAUGAGCAGUUUCGGGGACGCGUUGUCUUCUCGGGGCGGCAGCACAACCUGACGGUCACCGUGCACCGCCUGCAGCCGGCCGACACAGGGGCUUAUGCCUGCCAGGCGGUCACGAAGGACGAGGUCUGGGGCCCCGGCACCUUGGUCGUGGUGACAGACAAGCCGCCCGAGGCAGCGGACACGAGCCGGGAGGCCCUGCUGAUACGCUUUUCCUUCCCUGUGGCCCUGGCGAUGGGCUGCUUCUUCAUCGGGCUGGCGCUGGGGGCGACGUGUGUGCUGAGGAGGACACAGAGGUGUGGACAAGGCCCAGUUGGCCUGCUGUCCCCUGAGGAUGUGAGGUAUCAGGCCAUGAGUCUUGAGGGGGCCAAGUCUGGUCCAGGGUUGUAG